UUAUUUUUAUUUGUUGGUGCAUGAGCGUCUUACUCUUGGCACUUUGGUUCUGAGCGGUGAUUUCGGCACAACUUUGCCAUUUUCGACAGACCAUGAUAGGAAGCUUCAAUGUGAGCAGUUCCUUCAUUAGGAGAGUUUUGACCAAAUUACCAGUACCCCAUCAUGGAUCUUCAUACAUCUCUCUUAAUGGAUGUGGAAAUAUCAGCUGGACAUCCAAAUUGCAGAAAAGACAGAAUUCACAUUAUAGAAGAACAAAUAGUAAUCAAAGUUUAGAAGUGAAAGAUUUGCCAAGGUUCCAUGGCAAUUCUGAUACAUCAGUGCAUGCAAAAAUUUUACCUUCAAGUUACAUUUUGCAAAAAUGUCAAUCACAAGCAAAAGGUCCUUAUCAGUGGCAGAGACAUUUCCACGAGGACAAAAAGACAACAUCCUUGACUGUGUUGGGAAGCCUCAAGGAAAUAAAGUCUUCCCCUGUUCCAGCACUUGUGUUGGGAUUCUCUGGUCUAAUACCUUUUGUGGCAGCCCCCACGUACCUUGUUAUGAAUCAGUUAUUUUUACCGGACAUGGCUUUUGCCCAGAUGGUAUAUGGUGCCACCAUCUUGUCAUUCUUGGGAGGUGUGCGAUGGGGGAUGACAAUUCCUGACGACAGCAUUCUACAACCCAACUGGUUCAAUCUGACCUACAGUGUGACCCCUUCCCUAGUUGCCUGGGCUGGAAUUCUCAUGCCAAGCCCAUUCUCCUCCUUGACUCUAAUGCUUGGCCUAGCUGGAGCGUGCUAUAUGGACAUGGUAUCUUAUGGUUAUCCCCCUUGGUUUAAAGGCCUCAGAUUUACAUUGACAUUCGUAGCCAUUUUGUCCUUGUGGACAACACUGAUGUGUAGUCUUUUACUUGACUCUGAAGCCAACAAACAAGAAAAGAAAGACUAGAGUUUUUGAUGCCUUUUUAAAUUAAUUAGAUUGUGACAAUAAACUAUUAACUAAAGUUUAA